AUGGAAUUCCCUCAGAGGAAAAUAUACAAGAUAGUAGAGAGACUCUGUCCAGAUGUACAAUACUGGGCCAACUCACCCUGGGGCGGCGCUAAAGAAGCAAAUGACCCCACCAUAGGAGACAUCCAUCAAUGGGACGGUACGUUCUCUCGCUCAUAUCAAGACUACAAACACCUCUCUGGGCGUUUCGUAUCGGAAUUUGGAAUGCACGGCUACCCCGACAUGCGGACAGUCAACGAAUUCGUACCAAAUCCGCAGGACAGACAUCCCCAAUCACGCGCUAUCGAUUCGCACAAGGGCCAUCUCGCCGAGACACGAAUCGCGAGAUACCUCGCCGAGAACUUUAGAUAUAGCAACGAGCUGGAAAAAUUCGCGAAUGUGAGCCAGCUGAUGCAAAGCGAAGCCUACGGCUACGCCUGCCGCGAUUGGAAGCGCAAGUUCGGCGGCAAAGGAAAGGAGAGUUGCGCUGGACUUAUCAUCUGGCAGCUAAACGACGUCUAUCCCUGCACGAGCUGGGUUUUCUACACCAUUAAAAAAUCAUUCGCGCCUAUAUCUAUAGGUAUUGAACGCACGCCUUGGUCUCGCUGGAUCGACGACGAUCAUCCACGGAUGACCGAGAUUCCUUCUUUUGAGACCUUCGCGCACAACACGACGCCUUUUGAGAAGAAGUUUACGUUGUCGUUGAGCGCAUAUGACAUGUAUAAACACGAAUACAUCACCUUACCCCCGGAUCAUGCUGCACAGGAAGUAACUCUUGAACCGGGACAGAACACAGAGCUUGGUAGUCUGGCAAUGCUCAAGAGUGUCGGCGAAGAGAGUUUGAUUAUUCUCGCCGCUAGCCUGGUCAAUGACAAGAGAGAGGUAGAGGCACGGAUCGUGAAUUGGCCGGAACCUUUCAGGUAUUUGAGUUGGCACGAGGACACUAGAGUCUCUGUAGCAGUGAGAGAGCAGGGAGAGAGGUAGUUGUGGAGGCAAAAUAUCCGGUGAAAGGGUGCUUGCUGUAUGUGGGGU